AUGGGAAAUUUGGUGCAAGCCCCAAGUGGCAUCGAAGUUCGCUCCUGCGGCCAUUAUGCUCAUUUGGAAUGCUACAGAACCUAUUUGCAAACAUUACUGGUAUGUUUUUGA